GGAAAUGGCUGUAAAACUACUGGGACCACCAGUUCCUGCCUUUUCUUACGCGGUUCUUGGUGGAGCCAUACUGCGUUUUCUUCCGUGGUUGCAAUGAGCAGCUGUUUUGCUGAUUCCAAGCCAGUUAGCAAAAGCUCUCACUGUAUCUGUAUUUUUAAAACACCUUUUAAACUUUUCAGGGAUUGUUGCAAGAUAAUUUAGCUUGGGGGUAAUUACAUAUGCAGCUUAUGCACAAUAGCAACACAAAAAUAUUUAAAGAAUUUAGAGGAAAUUUUGACAUUUUUACAGCUUUGGUAUGUUGCAUUUUUAAACAAUUUAUUGCAUGCAUGAAUUAUGUCUUUUUGAUGUCAUUUGAAAGCUGCUAUAAUUAUUUAACCACUAUGACCAAAUUCAAACACAGUUAUUAGUGUUAAAGGUCUGUUGGUCAGACUUUGUUUUUUGGGUGUUUUGUUUUUUUUUUUUUUUUUAAAUAGCACUGUAUAAAAAUAGUUUCCAAAGCUGUAUUUAUUUAACAUGGACAAUGCUUAAUACAAUAGUUGCACUGCACAAAGCUAGAAGCUAAAGUUCCAUUUGUAGUCCCAGUGAGGUUUUUGUUUUCUGACAGAGCGCUAGAGAUAAAUAUUUUUUUUUUAGUGAACCUAGAGAAAUUUACAUUUAAUAUCAAUAAUUAAAUUCAACAUUUUUAUACUUACUAUAGUGGCCAGUAAAUGAAAGCGAUUAAAAUGAUACCCAAAAAAGGAUUGUUUGUUUACAAGCGCCAGCUUUUAAUUCCUUGCAUUGCUGAGAAGCUGCAUUAUACCGGAAGUUACACUAAGUUUCCAUUUUACGUAUUCAGUUAUUAAGACUUUUGCGAAGUGCCUCUAUGCUCUUGUAAAGAUAAGUAAAAAUAGUCCAGCUUGUCAUUGUUCGUAACAUUCAGUUGACUAUGAACCGCUUGUCACAUAGAACAAACCCUUUUUCUAAAUAUACUUUGAUGGAUAGUUGAUCCAGCGAAUCCGCGACAAUGUGACGUAGCCUGUCUUGACCAAUAGUUAUUCUCCAAGAGGCGGGGCUAACUGCAGAUUAACGCUCAGAGCAUCAUACUAUCUUUAAUGCCGCUUCACACCGCUCAUUGUUGAAGCGAACAUUGGAACUGCAUGAACAGUCAGGAAUUAGUCCUCUAAAUGAGCACUAGUGAGAAACAAACAGACGUUUGUGCUGCCUUCAACUUGAACGCUGGGAUAUAAGUAGCUUAGUCACUACUCAUUUUCUGCUUUUGCUGCCUGGUGACAGCUGACUGGCUCAAGGAUGGCAGUAAAUCCUGAGCGUAAAGAAGAUGUGGAGGGCCCAGGGGACCCAGUUGUUCGUUUCCAGAGCUACUUGCAUGGAGGAACCUCCAGCUUGCUAUCGACUCUUCCCACUCUCAUCGUCUUCCCUGUCUAUAAGACUGUCUUUCGUCAACAAAUCCACAACACCGCAGUUCACCAGGCGGUGGGACAACUCUGCAAAGAGGGACCUGUGAAGCUCUACAGAGGCGUGGCUCCACCAUUAGUGAUGAGGACACUGAAUGGGACGCUGCUUUUUGGUCUCCAGGACACCCUUCUUCACCAGCUGUCCUCCCAGAAAGUCAUCUCCACCUCUGCUCUGCCUGCUGUGGCUGGGUUUGGUGCAGGUGUGGUCGAAGCUGUGGUGUUUACCCCCUUUGAGCGUGUUCAGAAUGUGUUGCAGAACGGCCAGAAUGACCGUCAGCUCCCCUCCCUGAAGAGUGUUCUUGUGAAGCUAAGGGCACAGAGGAUGGCCUCAGGGUUCUACAGAGCCUUCCUGCCCAUCGCAGCCCGCAACGCCCUCGGCAGCUCCCUCUACUUUGGCCUGAAGGGGCCUGUGUAUGGUGUCGUGGCAGAGCAGGGCCUCUCUCCAGAGGCCUCCUCUUUCAUCUCAGGAACGCUGACCUCCAUGGCCAUUAGCCUGACUCUGUACCCGCUGUCUGUGCUGGUGGCAAACAUGCAGGCGCAGGUUGGCGGGGAGGUGAAAGGGGUCGUGGCUUGUUGGAGGUUGCUGUGGGAAUCUCGCCACAAGAGCUUGGCUCUCCUGUACCGAGGAGGCUCCCUGGUUAUUCUGAGAUCGUGCAUCACAUGGGGAAUCACCACUGCUAUUUAUGACAGGCAGGAGAAACGAUCAGGCUGAGGAGACGCUGUUCAUCAUUGUUCGUUAUGUUACAUCCAGAAAAUGGCUGUAACUGGAUUAUAUAGGCUUUUGACAAGCUGAAUAUGUAAUUGUCAAUAAUCAGCAGUUUCGUAUUCCUAGUUAAUCUUCCAUGUUACUCUUUCCAAGAAACAAAACUGAUUGCAUCAACAAUGUAGUCAAUCUAGUCAAUUCAAGUGUGCCAGUAAGUCAUUCCAGUGUCACAGUGAGCCAGAACAAGAAAUUCUAGUAUUCUGAAACCACAGCAGCUAAAUGGAAUUCAGAUGUUAUUCCGUUAUUCAAUGUAUUAUUUACAGAUGAGUUUUCCAGUGUGUCACAGCAAACUGCCUUCGGGGAAACAACAUCUAUCAGUCAGAAUCACUGGAGCCAGAAGAUCAUGAUUCAUCACCUGGUUCAGACCGACAGACUGCCAGUUUCAGCACAACUGCCGAGACUUGAAGCCUGGUCUCUGAAGUGAAGGCAACUAUUUGUCAUGAGCCAAAGUUUUUUUUUCCUUUCUUUUUUAGAAAUAUAAAUAUGUGGCUGGAGAAUAACAGGUGCCUUUUGUCUUAUAAGGAAACUUCAUCAUCUUUACUCAUUACAGUCAUUUACUCAUCAUGAGAGGUAUGACACAGCCUCUGAUACAGUUGUGUUCUCGUUUCAUGGUAACUUUUGGGGUGUUUUCAUUUUUCUUAGCACAGUAUAAAUGAGCAAAGAAAAGGAUAAGCAAUGAUAGGCCACAAAAGUCAGCAUUCUGACUUGAACCUGGGACAUGGAACUUGCAUAGCCAGAAACUUAAAUUAGUUUUCCAAAACACGAGAAAGUAGAGAUAAUCUCAGUUUUGGUUUGGAGGCUACAACUUUAAAACAGAAAGCCUGUGUUACAGAUUGAAAGCAUAGAUUUUGAAGGGUCUGGAUACUUACCAGGCAUGAAGAGUCUGCAAAGAAUGAGUUGCAAUAUGGGAAAAAUCAAUUUGAGCUUCUUCCACAUAAAGGGCUAAAAGUCAGCAUAUCUUAACGACUGAUACCUUGAUUUUUGAUGAUGUGCUUUUCACUAGUCCCUCAACAUCAUGGAAAACUGAUAGACUGGAGUUCCUUUUUUUCUGCAUGAAGGAGCUGGAUGUUGUUUGUAUAUUCACAAAGACGUAAUUUAAUUGAAUGUAUGAUACUGUAGCAGGUUACCUUUGCACUCCUGAUGAACUCAAUGCUGCCUGUCUGACUGGAUAUUCGUCUUCAUUUGCAGUUUUCAGGUUAAACAAGUUAACGAUACCAGCCAAAGUGCACUUACACUUGUGUUUGUUUUUAGUUUAACACCUUGAACAACUCAAGCCCGCUUGAAGUAACGUGUUCAAGGUGUUAGCUUACCUAAUAGGCUGUGAAGUGUUUUCAGUUUUAAAUGAUAUCUUACCAUUACCUUUAGUAAUGCUUUGCGAUUGUUGUGUUAGAGGUCUCUGUGCUUCUAUAAUGCUCUUUGAGAUCAUACAGUAUCAUUCUCAGGUAGACUAUUUAAUAGGAUGGUUUGUUUCCCUGGGAUAUUGACUUGUAAUUUAUGAUGUAAGUUAAUAGUUUGUUUUAUUAUAGGAUAUCUACUGCUGUUUUUUGAAAUUAUCUGUUUUUGUAAUUUUUGGAGGUUAAAUUUAAUUAUUGUUCUGAAAAUGUUUGUACUAAAGGCAAUUCAACAUUUUUUUUUUAUCUUGAAGCUGCCUUUUUAUUUUUAGUUGUAAUUUUUUUAAAAAUCUACCAGUUACCAUUAAAAAUAUAUAAACCUACAUGUUGUUUAUAUGCAGGUCACUUCCUUUUGUGCUAGAUGAGCCUCUUUCUUCUUUCCAGGUGUCAAAGUGAUAUAGUUGGAAAUUUAAUGCAACUUUGUAAAAGCCACCUGGCCACAAUAUAGAUUUCACAGUUGAAUUGAAAAUAAAAAUAAAAAAUAGAUAGCCUCUGUACUGUUGCCUCACUGAAAGAAUUUUCUGGACAAGACUAUGAAGGCUAUGUAGGGUCUUCCUGUGUCGAGUUUUCAGGUUCUUGCCAUACCUGUACAGAUGUACAAACACAGGAAGGUCAGAUGCCUCAGUAACUAAAUUACUGUUCAACAAUGUGAACACUUUCAUCCUAUUGAGUGGGUUCACUGAAUGGAAUAAAUAAGCUCCCUUACACUGUAAAUCAGUAACAUGUAUCUACUCUGAAAAAUAAAAUAAACACAGCA